AUGCCAAAAAAGGCCUCUUUUCUGCUGAGAAGCCGCAGCUGGCUUCGGGAAGAUCGUGGUUUGCAAACCCACGCUUUACAGGCGCCUGACAACCCCAGGUUGCCCAUUGCUUCUCAGUUACGCCCACCAACUUCAGAGCCUGUCCAAAGGUGGUGGCUCAGAGACCUAACACGCGACAAGUCACUCUUCAAAGGUUUGUUUGAGGCCAUGACUGGUCAUGUGCCCCUUUGGGCAGAGCCUAACAGCAGGUCGCAGUGCUUCGGCUUAAUGCGAGCUGGGACCCGCUUCAUGGCAAAGCCCAAAGUGGUCCAAGGAUCUGUGUGGCUGAAGGUUCAAACGCGAGGUGUAUCACCACCAUUGUUCUCGAACCGUUCUGAAGUCCUGUUCGCCACGUGUGACGAGUCUCCGCACCACCGGCAUUUCGCGACCAGUGGGCCUCCUGUCCUACCAAUAACACAGGAUUUUGCAGACGUUUCAGAGAUGUGGAUCGAGUACAACAUGCAGUACGUCAAGCGUAUCCGCGAUUUGGGUCGAGAGCAAGGUCGUACAUCCUACAGCAUCAUCUCCAAGCCAAGAUCUAGAGAAGGACAAAAAUCUCGUCAAGCCUGGAUUGAUGAUUGA